UAUAAUCCUUCGCUCAUUCUUUUCUUCUCUCUUUUGGGCUCUUUUUCUUUCUCUCUCUCUUUUUCUUUCUUUCAUGGAAUCUCUUCUUUUCCCAGUCCUAGGCCAAGGAAUAAAGGCUUCGCCGGGGUUCGGUUCCAGUACUAGAAGCGAUGCUCGACUGCUCGCAUCCGCGGCUUUUCUCUCCGGGCCUUCGGCGCUUCGUUAUUCGCCUCCAUUCCGAUUCGAAAUGGGAGUGAGAUUGAGCAAAGCAGCUUCCAGGUGGCGAAGAAAAUUCGGCAAGUUAAGACGAAGAGAUCCUGUUGAGCGUACAACCAGAAAUGUGUAUGACCAACAUGUUCAAGAAAGUAUGGUGAAGGAAAAAGCUUCCCCAGUUUUGGAAAGUGGCAUUCCAUUGAAAUAUUCUCCUGGCAAGGCUUUCCCUCUUGGAGCAUCAAAAGUUGAGGAUGGAAUAAAUUUUGCUCUUUUUUCUCAACAUGCUUCUUCAGUCAUACUUUGCUUGUCAGUUCCAAAGAGGCAAAAUGUCGGUGAAUAUGGAGGCAUGGUUGAAGUUGCAUUGGAUCCUCAUAAGAACAAGACUGGUGACAUAUGGCAUGUAUGCGUGGAGGGUUUACCUGGUUCUGGUGUUCUUUACGGCUAUCGUGUUGAUGGUCCUCAACAAUGGGAGCAAGGGUAUCGAUAUGACAGCAGCAUCAUCCUUCUCGAUCCUUAUGCAAAAUUAGUUGCUGGUCGAAAAUAUUUUGGGGAUGUCACAGACAAGACGUCAAAGUUUCUUGGAACAUAUGACUUCAGUAGUUUGCCUUUUGAUUGGGGUCCUGAUUAUAAGCCUCCAAAUACACCUGAGACAGAUCUUGUCAUAUAUGAGAUGAAUGUUCAUUCAUUCACAGCUGAUGAGUCAAGUGGGCUGGAGCCAGGCAUUCGUGGGAGCUAUCUUGGUGUUAUCGACAAGAUCCCACAUUUAUUGGAACUAGGCAUCAAUGCUGUGGAGUUACUGCCAGUUUUUGAGUUUGACGAGUUGGAAUUUCAGAGAUAUCCAAAUCCUAGAGAUCAUUUGAUCAACACGUGGGGCUAUUCUACUAUGAACUUUUUUGCCCCCAUGAGUCGAUAUGCUAGUUCUGGUGGUGGUCCUGCAGUUGCAGCUCAGGAAUUCAAACAGAUGGUGAAAGCUUUGCAUAAUGCUGGAAUUGAGGUCAUUCUGGAUGUAGUUUACAACCACACUAAUGAAGCUGAUGAUGAUCAUCCUUAUACUACUUCUUUUCGUGGUAUUGAUAACAAGGUUUAUUACAUGAUGGAUCUCAAAAACAAUGCUGAACUACUCAAUUUCUCAGGCUGUGGAAACACAUUAAACUGCAACCAUCCUGUUGUCAUGGAACUUAUCUUGGACAGUUUGAGACAUUGGUACUGUCUAGUGUUUUUUAAAUUGUGUUUUCAUCUUUUCUAUAUGAGCUGGAAAUGCGAUAUGUUCAUUUUGUUUGGUCAAAAGCGUCUUCAGUCUCUAUAUACCAUUUGAGUUAAAUUGAGUGCACUGCAAACUGUUGAUACUAGACAUUACCCAGUGGAUCAAAAUGUAUACAAAUUUUCAUUCUUUUUCUUAAUAUUUACCUUUUUGUAUUUGGAAAAUGAAUUUUGCGCAUAUCUCUCUCUCUCUCUCUCUGUGUGUGUGUGUGUGUGUGUAUAUAAAAUCAAAUGACUGGCAUUUGGUUUACAGAAAUACCAUUAAUAUUAGCUGUUUUUUCUGGGUUAUUAGUUAGCCGUUUGGUAAUUGUUUCGGUUUUCUGUUCAAUUCAGUAUAAGUUGUGUCAAAUGACUCAAACCUUAGCCAUUUUAAAAUGCUCUAUUCUGCUUCAUUCUAUGAAUUGCUCUAAUUAUUGUUCAGUUUUUGGUAUGUAAUAUUAAAAAAAUAAUAAUUCAGCUGUUUUAUCUAGUUUUGUGCUUACACCUUUUCUACAACCUUUACUAAUUUCACUAUUUCAGUGCUGCAGUUUUCUACUCCUUUCAGCAAUAUUGGCCUGCUAGGUUUGCUUCAAAUUGAUUCUAUGUAGUUGAUGCUUAAAUCUCGAUGAAAUUGUUUCAGCCAACCACUUGAUCUAAUACAAUUAUAGAUCACCAAGCUUAAGAAUUUUAGCAAUUGAGAAUCUUAUUUUGUUGUUGAACUGAGUAUUUUAUCAUCAAGAUAUUAGAUUUGACCAUAGUUGUAAGUUUUUUCUAGAGCUAUAAUUGAAAACAAAAGUUCCAGAUUCAUCCUGGAAUCUGAUAAAAAAUUUAGUGAACGCAAGUUGUUUAUUUUCAUUAUAUGAGUUUCUUCAUUUCUUUAACAGUUUGGUGAAGUUUGUGAGUUUUGAGACAUUUGGAAGCACCGUGACAUAAAAAUUUGUUGAGAUUCAUAGGAAAAGUAAUUUUUCUGACAUAUAUUUUGUUUUGCCUAAACCUUAAAUUUUAUUUACAUUUCUAAUUGCAUAUUUUAGAUUGACGAUAAUAUAUGUACGCUUAAAGCAUGACUUUUGGAGUUUUUAUGUUGGAAACAUUAUUUAUUUGAUUGUUUAAAUACGAAACUAUUGGAACAAUAAGUCCUUAACAAUAUAGUAUAUGUCCAAAAAUGAUACCUAAUUUAUUAAACUUGAUUAUUGUUAUGCUUUUCGUUGUGACAGUGAACAAAAGAAAUGUAGGUCAGUUUGUUUUGUAUUUUCGGAACUUUUAUUUAGGUAAUUUUAGGAUUUGUUUUAAAGUCCCAUUUUAAGCAAGAUUGGUAUAAAACAAUCUUAUAUUAGUUAUAUGUUGGUUGGACAAGUUAUAAAAUCAUUAGCAUUUGAUUUUUUUGGUUGUGUUUGCUGUCUUUUGAGGUAUGCUUAUAUGCUAUUCCGAUUUUUUUUUUUUUUUAGAAAAAAAAUUUGGGGAUUGGUUAUUUGCCUAUCAAGAAUCCGAGUAUACUUGGAAAUCAAGUCAUGUAAAGUCUACAAAAGCAUUAAGGUUGAACGAAAAGGUGUUGUACAUGAUUUGUUUGAAUGAACAAAUGGAAUUCUUUAGGUUAGGUUUUGCCUUUCUUCUCUCUUUCUUUCUAUCCUUGUUCUCCCGUUGAUUUUCUUCUUUCUCUUCUUACUUCACCUUUUCUUCCCUAAUUUCUAAUAUUCUCUCUUUCUUCUCCAGCUCUGCUACUCUUCUUCUUUUUUACUGGAUUGUUGGCUCUUAUUAAGUCAGAUAUGUGCUGGAAUUAACUUUAAACUUUUUCAACCCCUUUAUGUCCUACAUCAGUUUGGUAUCAGAGCUGAAGGGUGCUACCGUUUCUUCUAAUUCCUUGAUGUUCUUUUUAUUUAUUUCUUAUUUAUUUGCCUUUUAUCAUAAUGAGGAGUUAAGUUUCAUAAUAGGUGAUCUUCAUGAGCAUGUCAAAUAUGAGGAGAUCUUUUGCUAGAUGGAUGAUAGGUUCAUAUCUACCAAUAACAAUGUGAUGUCAGUGACUGAUGCACUGCAAAAAGUUGCAACUACUUUAAGCAUUGAAAAACACUCUAAAAGUGAACUACAGAUUAAGCAAAGAGAAUAAACAAGUGAGAGGAUCACUUAAUGAAGAGAUUAUAAUUGAAGCUUCUCAAUUUGAAAAGCAUAUGAUCAAAGUUUCACCAUACAAAGAUGCUGUGAUUGAAGAUCUAUUGAUUGAGGUGCUGCAGAUGAUGAUCUAUCAAGUGUUUUGAAGGUAGAAGAUUACAAUGAUGAAGAUUGAGUGCUCAUGAUGAGAUCAUGUCGCGACCCUAAAGGCAAUAGCAUGGAUCAAGCAAUAUGAAAAUUUGUUGGAUUCAACAGAAGUAUGAUCCAGAGCUUUGUUGAUUGUCAAGAAAUGGAAAUCAACCCAACCAAGUGUGAUUGUGAGAAAAUUUUAUGUGGUCCUUCCUCAUCACAUCUUGGAAAUUCAAUGGUGGAUCAAGCUUAUAAGUGACACCAUGUAGAUUUUGAGGUUGAGAUCCAUGCAGCAGAGACGAAUGAUGGUGAAUAAAAAAGUGUAGUUGAUUUUGUUGCAUAUUUUGGAACUUUUUUAUUCUGGUUAUAUUUAGCAUCAGCUAUAGAGUCCUAUUUUAAGUGGAAAUGGUGCAAAAUAAUAUGAUAUUAUGUAUAUUUGGGUGUCUUUAUGGCAAGGUUUUAAAUACUGUGGGAUGGAGCUAUCCCGAUUUUUCCAUGGAAUGGGAUGUGCCAUCGUCCCGCCCCAUCCCGACAUAUGAGAUGGUACCCCAUCCCGAUAUCCCGUGGGACAUCUCAUCAGAACAUGAAUCUUUGCUUCAUAGUCUUAUGCAAGGUUUGUUAUACUGAUGCGAAUUACCCCAUACUAGGGGUACUACAAUAGAAGGGUACCAAACCAAGACUCGAUACGAGGGGUGAAUCGAGACUUGGUACAGGGGGCAUGCAGAGUCUCGGUAUGCCAAACUAACCUCCACAUGGGGCAUACCAACACUAUACCAGGGUGGUGUGGGAGUGGCAAUCGGAUACGGGUUGGAUCGGAUAUGGGUCGGAUCAAAAAAUUAUCAACCCAAAUCCAACUUGUUUAUUAAUCAGAUCAAAAAUUCAGACUUGAAUCCUACUUCUUUAUUAAACAGGUAAUCCGAUUUGACCUACUUAAUCCGUUUAUUAAAUGGGUCAAACUAGAUUAAAUGGGUUAAACAUGUUAAAUGAAUUUUUAACGGGUUAAAUAGGUUAAACAGGUCAGGUUAAACGGGUCAGAAACAGGUUAAGCAGGUUUUGAAUAGGUUAAAUAUGCCUUAAAUGGGUUAAACAGGUUAAAUGGGUUAAACAGAUUGUCUGACUGAACCUGACCUGAAUAUUAAAUGGUUAAACGAGUUAGAUAUCUGAAAUCCUAAUCCGAUCUAAAUAUUAAAUGGAUUAAAUGGGUCAACCUGUUUAUGAUCCGAACCCAUUUAGCCUAAACCCAAAUCUAUUUAUGGCGGGUCGAACACGGGUUGAGUUGUUGGAUCGGUUCAUAUUUUGCUGGCCUUAGCAUGGUGUAUGAAAUCUGAUAUUAAGAUGGUAAAAGGAUAAAAAGAAGAGUGAGCUACAUAACUCGAUAAGUAAACCUUGAACUAUCUUAUUGAAAGAUCAAGUUUAGGUUUUACAUGGCUCAAUAAAUCAUUUAAAGAUAAUAACUUCUAUUGCAAAUAGAAUAUUUCAAAGUAACCAUUUAAUAAACCAAGUAAUAAAACAAAUCUUGCUUUUACAUAAGUAUAAACCAUGUAUAUUUCACAAUAUAGUUUCUAGUGUAAAACAUAAUUGAAAUAAUAAAAUAUUUGUCAUUUAACCAUGUCAUGGUACAAAAUAUGCUCUCAGACCAUGAUAGGGUCGUCAUCGACUGAGUAUCACAAAUCAUAGUUUGUAAUUUAUAUGCCAAAUUUAUAUUCUUUGGCGGGGCCAUAUACUAACAUUUUAACCUGUUGGCGGGGCCAUAUGUCAACUUUAUGCCUAUUGGUUGGGCCAUAUGCCAACUUUUUUUCCAUUUGCACGGCCGUAUGCGACUAGCUCUGGAUGUACCCGCACUUUUAGGGGCCAUAUAUAGCUUUCCGAGAGCCUUUGAGACAGCCAUAUUUUCUUAAAACAUAUUUUUUUAAAUCAUAUUUUCUUAAAACAUACAUGGACUAAUAUGUUGAAAAAUACUAAUUGGCAUUUUAGAGGUUAUAGUUCAUAAACAAGUCAUUAGUAAAAAAGCAUUCAUCGAACCAUUCUUUUUAUGACAAAACAUAAUUUUCAUAAUAUCAUAUGCUUGAUUCUUCAUUUAACAAAAACAUAGAAUCAUCAAUGUGAAAGAUCUUUUAUAAAUUUUACAAAGCUUUAAACAUUGAAAAUGACUGCUAGUUCAAACACUAGUAAGGAGUGUAAGGCUUGCUUAUCUCUGUUCGCCUUGGAGCCUCAAAAUUCAAGCAAGCAAGCCAACCAUGUCUUUUCAAAGCCCAAUUAAUCCAUAUUCAACAACUCUGAAACCCUAAUACACGGUGGUAGACCUAAGAAAUGAAAAUGUGUUAAAAUUGGGCAAAAUAACAAAAUUUUGGGGUGCUGCAAGGGGUGGUGUCUUCAAACUAGGGUGAAGGAUAGGGCUGGCUAGACAGUGGCAUUUGAUGGCCUGGGUUGGUCCGAUUGGGGUAAUUCUACUUGUCAAAUCGUGAAACAAGAGUUAGGCUAUGGUACAGAUAGUGCAAUAAGGAUUGAUGAUGGAGUCCAACAGUGCUGGGCAAGUGCCUGGGUGGUGGCUGACAUGUUGCAUAGCCACUAGGGUGGUUGAAGAUUUUUCUAGGGUCUAUCAAAGUCAUAAGGGGAGGGACCCUUUGAAGUCCACUCGACAUAAGAGAGAGAGUGAGAGA